AUGGUCUCCGUCGCGCAAACGCUCCGGUGUUUAUUAGAGGCUGAAGGCUCCACCUUUCAUUCCGCCCUACAUGCUGUUCCUCUUCCCGCCAUGGGUGGUGGGAUGGGUAUCGUUGCUAGUGAGGAUGUGGAGCUUGGUACUACGCUUGCUACCCUGGCUUUCACGAGCAUGUUAACUACCACAAAGGCGCGCUACAACCUUGCACUUACGGAGGUGGCUUUGAGGAGUUUUGCGGAGGAAAGGAUGGGUGGAGGUUUGCCAAAAGGGCAGGUGCUGCGUUUCGCCGCGGAGCUGCCGAACUCUGAGGAGAUGGAAGAGCAUAGCGGAUGCCGUUCGGAAUUUCACUUCCAGGAUGCCGUGAGGGCGACCAUAGCGAAUCUGAAGCAGCAGCUCAGUCCCACGGAGACGAUGACAAGCCAUAUCGUACUGAUGGCGUCUCUCUACCGAAAUGCCAAAACGACAGCGAAGAAAUUUAAGGAGGAAGCUAGUCGAAUCGGCGGAAAAAGCCAUACUGACGGCGCUCAUCGCGGAACCCUAGGGGAAGGUAGCGCAAAUUCUACCUCCACCGUUAUGUUUCGCUACACAAGCGAAAAUGCAUGGAUGCAGGGGUGGAUGAAUGCCUUGCCUACCGCCUAUAAUAACCUGUUGGAGGUGUCAAAGGGGGUAUACAUGGGUGUGGAUCUCAUGGAGAGUUACUUACAGGCUGUCGAUGCACCACCUGUGGGAGAUUCUGAAUUGCGGAAGACUCUGUGGUUCGACCGGCAGCGCUCGAAAGUGGCGUGUGAGCAGGCUGACGUUGCUAGGCGAUACCAGCACUGCCUUGACGUUUUACUCUGCUUAAGAGAGCUCCCGGUCGGCGUGAAUGAGGAGGGUGCACGCUUGUCAACAGAGAUAUUUGAUCAUAAUCGUGAAGGGGAAUCGGUCGCGCAGGCGCAGAAGGGUACUUCCUGUACCUUCGAUCAAUUUUUGUGGGCUUUUAACACCCUCAUGAGCCGCGGCUUUGCCUUUCAUGAUGAGGUAUGGGUAAUGAUGCCGUUGGUAGAUUACUUCAACUAUGCCCUGCACGCAAACUGCACAAUGUUUCCACAACGCUGCAGUGUUCUCAAGAAGAGACGUAGUAGGAAUAACAAUCGUGAGAGAGGCGCCGCCAUUCGUAGCGAUGCUGAAAUCGAUUCCAAACCCACUCCUUCAACCAAUUAUAUCAGAAAAGGGGGGUUGGCCGCACUAUCCCCACGAAACGGGUGGGAAUACGUUUUCCAGGCUAUUUCCCCAAUAGAUGCGGGCGAGCAGGUCUGUAUUUCCUACGGAGCUUAUUCGGAUUUUGAGUGCCUGUUGUGGUACGGUUUCACCCAACGUCCGUAUUUACUCCCAACCACCGCAUUACCUUCCGUACCCGCGCGUGAUCUUGAGUCGAUUCUUUUCUUUCCAAAUUCCAAAAGCGCGAGGGUGUUUUUACAGAAAGUGGGCAUUGACGCGAAGGGUUUAUCAGACCUGCAUGCGGCUUUACCUCGUCUUCAAGAUGAAAGUUUCCGCCAAGUUACCUUUGAGCGCUUUUGGAAGGAGCGCAUGGCGGCUUUUUCUGACAAGAAAUCCGGCAGAAAGCCGGAGUACGAUAAAUGGCAGAGUGCGCUGCAGAAGGCCUUUGCGUUUGUUUUCUCUUCUCUACAAGAUGCAGAUGGGGUGUAUUCCGAUAAAUGCGAGGGCAUCACCUGGAUAGAUGAGCUCGUGAUCUGCUAUCUCAAGACUCCAGAUCAUUUGGCUUUUGAAGGUUCUCAUAGUGGGGCUUCAAUGUUUCAGGAAGAGAGUGUGCUUUUAGAUAGAUGGUGCCGCCGUUUGGCACUACAUUGGCAAUCAUUUCUUAGUGCAACGGUUUCUAAUGGCUUGAAAACCAGCUGCAGCGCGCAGAAAUGCACACUUGGCGUGUUUGGCGCUUCUUUUCAGAUGCAUGAAUGGAUUCACGGCAUUGCUCGAGGAUACUGGAAUCUGUUAAGAAACGAAAUCUCAUCCUCAGACGCUCUAGGAGAGACGGGAACAUUAUCACUUUCUUCUUUGCAGGAUGCCAAACUAUUUGUGCUGCGUGCGAUCGCAUGGAUGGAGCUGUACUCGAAUUAUUGUUGGCAUGAUUGCUACUUUCGUCUGAACGAUAUUGCGGCAAACACCAAGGAAGGCUCUGUUGGAGUUAUUAUGCAUAGACCAUCGGCUAAUGACGUUUGGAACUUUUCAGCGCGAUCCAUGGGUUUAACAGCUUCUUUGGAUUCGUGGCUUCUACUACAAUACCUUGCGCUGGAGGCUAGUGACGUUGAGCUUCUUGCGUAUCUAGACUUUGAGUGUGAGUAG